ACCGAUAUUGCGCGGCGGCGCUACACGAGGUGCAAUAAUGGCGGUGUUGUGAACGAGGAUUACCAUUUGAAACCGUACCAAAUAUUGUGGAAAUACUUGCAGAAAUGUGAGCGCGAUGACCAUCAAAUAAAUCAAUCUGCAUUCUGGAGAUUAAGUUGCUUGUUAUUUGAGAGUUGUUUUUUUUCUUAUUUGAUGCGCAUGGUUGUUUUUUGAUACAUCGCUGUGUGUUUGGAAAGCGUCAGCCAAAAUGUCGGCAGGUUCUAACGCCGGUGGCGUGCUGCCACCGGAGCAAAUAGGUUACAUCCCUGAUAAGUUAAAGAAAGCAGAUAAACGUAUUGAAGCGUUCCCAUACGACACUGAAGCAUGGAGUGUCCUUAUUCGAGAUGCACAGAUGAAACCCAUCGAGAUUGCCAGGCAGGUGUACGAGAGACUGGUCACGCAAUUUCCCAAUGCAGGCAAAUACUGGAGGAUUUAUAUAGAACAAGAGGUUUAUUCAGCUAUAUUUCACUAAUACGUAAACUAUUUAACUUAAGAUUGCUAUGGGGAAAAAUAUUAAGGAAAUCAAUUUUUACCAUUACAUUUCAAUAAAUUGACAAAUGAAUUAAUAGGUUUUGUCAUAUUGCCAAUUUUUAAUUUGAUGAAUUGUUUGCACUCGGCUGUAAUAAGCCUGCACAGUAUCUGUUUUGUGGUUUGGGGUACCUAUAGUUGGAAGUUUUAUAAAGUUUGGGAGUGCAUGGGGGUGGGGGGGGGUGUAAAGAAAAAUUAAACCAGACAGAAAUUUUUAUUUACGAGUACCCCAACCACGCAGACAGAUACCGGUAUUACUUUCUACAUUGGUGUACCAAUAUUAAUAUUCAUUCAUGUAAAUGCUUAGAGCUUUAUAGAAGGUAAGAGGUUUUAGAUUCUCUUACCUGAUGUAUUAGAAACUGUAUAUAAAUUGCAGUGUUCUAAAUAUUUGUAAUGAAGUUGAGCAUAUCACAAUUAUUUUUGUUUUUCAUGCUCUGCAUAAAUCAUUACAAAAGUU